AUGCCGUCGGACCCAUAUUAUCGCUCUGCGCUCACCAAGAUCAACGAGCGCACCUCUGGAUCAGCUCCUCCGCCUGCCACAGCCAAAGUCAACACUGCAGGCCGCAUAGUGAGCAAUGUCCCAGAGCCAGCUGCGCGCACGCCCUCAGAAGACGAAUUCUUCGCCAUAGACGAUACAGGGGACAGGAAGCCGAAUCCCACUUUUCUGAAGCAACAUUUCUUUCGAGAAGGGCGCUUGACCGACUCACAAGCCUUGUAUAUACUUCAACGCACAACGCAGGUACUAUCUAAGGAGGCGAACAUGGUGCAUGUAAAGAGUCCUGUGACGAUCUGUGGAGAUAUCCAUGGCCAAUACUACGACCUGAUGAAGCUGUUCGACGUUGGUGGACCGCUAACGGAUAACUCGUAUCUGUUCCUGGGAGAUUAUGUAGAUCGUGGUUGUUUCGGCAUUGAAUGCCUGUUGUACCUUUACGCCCUCAAACUUUGGUAUCCUGGAAAAUUUGUACUACUACGCGGCAACCAUGAAUGCCGACACCUCACCGAGUACUUUACGUUCAAACGCGAAUGCUUGCAUAAAUACUCACCAGAAGUGUACGAAGCAUGUAUAGCUUCGUUCAACGCCCUUCCUCUAGCAGCCCUUGUAGACGGCCGCUUCUUCUGUGUACAUGGUGGCAUUUCACCUGAGCUUGUUACACUAGAUGAUAUUAGGGCUAUUAACAGAUUCGAAGAGCCUGGAUCUCACGGGCUUCUCUGCGACCUCCUCUGGUCCGACCCCAUCUCGGAUUUCGGCCAUGAGCAAGAACGGGGAGUACCACAGGGCACGACCUUUCUCAACAACGCCACGAGAGGGUGUUCAUAUUAUUUCACAUAUGAAGCAGCCUGUCAGUUCCUGGAACGCAACAAUCUUUUGGGGAUAAUACGAGGGCAUGAAGCACAAGAUGCUGGAUAUACCAUGCACCGGAAGACGCCGACAAAGAAAUUCCCUUCCGUCAUAACCAUCUUCUCGGCACCCAAUUACCUCGACGUAUAUCAUAAUCGCGGCGCGAUACUGAAGUACGCAAACAAAAAUAUCACCAUCAGACAGUACAACUCCAGUCAGCACCCUUAUUGGCUACCCAACUUCAUGGAUGCUUUCACGUGGAGCCUACCGUUCGUUGGCGCAAAGAUCACUGAAAUGUUACUCGCGAUCCUCAGUAUAUGUAGCGAAGAAGAGCUGAACGAAUCCGACGAAAGUGAGGAAGAAGAGGUCACCCGUCCAUCCGAAGAAGAGAUCCAGCAACGCAGACAAGUCAUCAAAAACAAGAUCCUGGCCGUUGGUCGUAUGCAAAGGGUCUUCCAACUUCUGCGAGAGGAAUCAGAGAACGCUUCAGAAUUGGUACCGACUGGUGAACCUAGUGGUUCAGCCUCUGUUGCUGCUCGCAAUGGACCAGACGCUCUUGGGGUGCAAGGCUAUCAGAUACGGCGACAAAUACACAGCUUCGCCGAUGCACGCCGCUCCGACAUCGCGAACGAACGUCUACCUACUAGAGUCGACUCAUCGUCGCCUAUAUCACCGACGUUCCCGCCGCCAAGUAUGCGACGCGGAAGCGAAGACGGCAUCAAUAUGGAGAUGCUCAUCAAGAAGACGUUGUCGGAAGACGUCGACGACGGUGGGUAUGUACAGCGGAUCGCUGAUACCAUAGCUAAGGAGAGACCACCCGUUGGUAGACCACGGGCGUUGAAGAGAUUCGAGACAACGUGA